AUGGUUCUCCUCGGCGGCCUCGAAAUCGUUGCGGCGGGGUACUUACUGAAAGAGAUCGGAAAGGACGAUGAAGAAGAACGGGAGCGAGAGCGUGAGCGUGAGAAGAGGAGGAGGAGGGAGGGGAAACGAAGACACCAUUCGCACAGUCGCAAUGAUCAUAGACCACACCGCGACGAUGAUAAGUAUGAUUCUCCUCCGUGGCACUCAAGUCGGCUGUCUCAGCAACAAAUGCAACAACUGCAAGUACUCCAACCUCCACAACUGCCCGGCGGUCUUCCCAGACCGUACAGUGCUCCUCCACCUCAGAGCCGUCCCACUGUGAUGCCUGUGGGCGUGCCGGCAUGGCAGGGUCGGCCUCAGUCUGGUCCUCAGAUGCCACCACUUCAGCCAGGCCUGCCGCAGAGCCACGGGACCCGGCCGCUGCAAAAACCGCCAAUGCCGAUGCCCGUGCCCGUGCAACCCCUGCAACAACCAUCUUCACAACAAUGGCAGCAGCAAGGUCGCCCUCAACAACCCCCGGGACCGUCGCCGCAGCCGAACGGGAACUCGAACUUCAUACCACCACCUCUCCAACGACCAGCGACGAUGAAUAUGAUGUAUCCGCCCCCAGGUGUGCACGUUGAUUUAAAGACGGGCAAGAUUCAGUAUGAUAUGCUCCCACCAGAGAUGCCUCGGGGCCAAGGGUCCGAGAAACGAGAGUCCGAGCGGGUCCGCGAGAAUUCGAUGCCCAGUCGCAACGGCUCACAAUCCCAGUUCCCGAUAUACGAAGAGCAGCAGCCGACCUGGCCACAACCGCAGAUUAACGUCACGGUUCCAACUCAGCAUCCAGACCAAGGAGGUGGAGGACGCCCAUCCUUCUCCAGCCCCGCCCCACCACCGUUGCAAGGGUACGCGGAACUCGACGCAGAGACCCCCGGCCGGUAUCGACCGUACAGGAACGAGAAGGCCGCGUUCGGUAGACCUAAGGCGAAUUCCUUUUCGAAUGCGCAUCAUAAUCCGUCACUGUAUGCGCGUGUGGAUGACGAUAGCGAUGUGGAUAUGCGUGAUCCGCCGCCUGCAUAUCGUGAGUAG